AUGCCUCAGCAAGAUGCCGCCGCGGAACGCAGCUCCAAGCCCGAGCCUGUCUCCGAAAGCAAAGCGCCUGGACCCGGGACAGAUGAUGAACCACUUAGCUCUGAUGAGGAUGAAUUGCCCGUCGAUUCUGACGAACUCCCGGCGCAUGAGGAUCGGUUCAAGGAAAGGACACUAAUGGAGAAGCUGAAUGCACCCUCGUCCCCCGCACCUGUACGGUCGGGAGCUUUUAGCUCACAGAGUCGAGCUGGAUCGACCAGGAAAAACCCACUGCGGAGGACCUCCAGUAUGAUGGCGGGCGACGACGAUGACCAGGAAGAAAUCUUCUCGUCAUGGCGAUCCUCACAGAACAAGCGACUCAAGACCAAGACGUAUCCGACGACCUCCUUCUCGAAAGUCCCGAGCUCAAGCGCACGCUCUGCUGCUUCCCCGCCUGACAAUCGGUUCAAAGUACCAAGCACGUUUUCGAAGAAAUCACCGAGCGCCGAGGAGAAUGAUACAUCAGAACAGUCAGAAUUGACAGAACUUUCCGAAUCAGAAGCUGAGUCCAAACCGGCUAUGGAAAUCGACCAACCGACUUCUGAUAACGACCAUGUCGCGGUAUCCUCUGACUUUAUUGUACCUCCUCUACACCCCGACUCGAAAUCCUCAUUUGAAACAACACUCUCCAAAGAUAAUGAAGCAAUGGCUCUAGACCCCUCGGGAGGUUCAGGCUCCAGCUCACCACUCAGCUCUGCGCCUUCGGAUUUCAUAGACCUACUCGAGGAUGAAACUAAUAUGAAACCCCCUGCACCACGGAGGUGGUUGUGUCCAAUGUGUAAAGAGGAGGUUGAUCCAGAUCUCCUUAUCCUCUUUGAGUCCCAGCCGAACCAACGUGUUCGCGAUCAACAGCAAUUCUGCACAUCACACAAACAAAAUACGGCCAAAGCGGAAUGGCAAGAACAGGGAUAUCCAGAGAUCAAUUGGGAAACCUUUGAUCAGCGUAUAAAGAAGUUUUUCCCCAAGUUGGAAAAAGUUCUGGCUCCAGAGCACCCGUCUUAUUACCAUAAUAUUCUGUCUACCAUCAUGAAAGAUGGCAAGGCGCAGAACUUCCGCCUUACAAUGGCGGGUGAUGGCAUUGAAACUAUUUCGUGUGGAUAUUAUGGGACGAAAGGAGCCGCGAAAAUGCUACAAGCUGUCGUUGACCGCUUCUCUGCUACUUUGCGUCGCUUAUCUGCCUCGGACAACAUAAUCAAAACGGCGGGUGUAGCUGGCUACGCCCAGUCCGUCCUCGUCCCCGAGCUUGCUCUAUGUCUCGUCAAAGAAGACAUGCGCGUCGAUGAUGAUGCUGCACGCAAAAUCCUGAGGGAUAGCAUUGAUCUGGGCCAGAAGCUCAAUCCUGCAUUGGACGAUGAGGUGCCCGUUCCGGCCGAAGAUGAAAUAUUAUAG